UUGAGGCAAUUGUCGAUGAUCAAUCAGCUGAUUUUAGUUGUCGUUUGCCUGUUUUCUGUUUAUUUUGCAAAAAUUUUUAAAAUUGCAGCUGAAAAUGGCUCACAUACAAUAUAUGGAAGAACUGAUAAGAGAAUACUUGGUGUUCAGGGGUUUCGCCUCGACCCUAAAGGCCUUCGAUCAAGAAUUGAAAUCUGACAAGGAAAAGAGCUUUAGGGUGGACAAGAUAAUCGAACAAAUAAUGCAGCUGAUUUCUAGCCAUGAACUUAAUGGUCUUAGGGAGCUGUGGGGCCACUUUGAAAACCACCUCUUUAAUAAGUUGGAAAGUCAUUUUACACCAAGUGUAAAGAAGCUAGAAAACGCUAUACUAAAACUGUAUGUUAUACAUGCAGUAACCAAUAAUAAACCUGACAAAGUGAUCGAUUUCUUCCUUAAGAUGACCCCAGAGCUGCAGGGCCAAUCCGAGUGGAAAGAUUGGUUUGUGCUACCUUACAUAAAAAACCCAGAAGAAAACCCCACUUUUGCUUUACACUGCACCAAACAAUGGCAGGACAGUUUAAUGGUGUCAUUACAUAACUUUUUGGCCUCAGUAUUUCAAUACAUGCCCUUACCCACUCUCUUACACUAUGAAGAAGAUGCAAACCGAAUAGCCAAACUGGAACAGAAAAAUGAAUCUCUGAAGAACCGCUUGGCAUUAUUGAUCGACAGAGGUCCACCCGAGGCGAAUGUCUCUCCAUGUCCCGUGGACCCUCCGCCCCAUUUACUGGACGACUUCUACAUAAUUGCACAGGAGAGUAACGUCGCAGACAGUCAAAGUAAAAGUUUAAAAAACCUUAUAAGGAAUAUCGGGGGAGGAGUUAGUCCUGUUAUGGGUAGGAGAGAGGGAGCUGCUGCGGUUAAGAAAAGGACAGUUACUGGGAACCGAUAGGUUUUAAGGUGAAAUUAUGAGUAUUUAUUUGCUGUGAUUUAGAUUUUUUUUUUAUGUUAUAAUAAUUAUAGGAUAAACUCAGUCAAAUGAUUAACCUUUAAUAGAGUAGUGCUAAUUUUAAGGGAACAUCCUGGGACUUUAGUAUGUAUAUAAAACCCUUUCUUGCUAAUAUAUGUAUAUUAUAAAUAAGAUAUAAUUUAAAAUAACAUGAUUAUUGCUCGAUUACUCACACCGACGACAUUAUUUUGUACUUAGCAUCAUACUAAAAUAAAUAUCAACUGAGCUGAA